AACGUGCUUGAUGAGUGGAACACUGAAUCUGGAAAGCAACAACUCGAGAAGCAAGAACAUGAAGGUGAGAACAGUCUUGUUAGUGAGGAGAAAAAGGUGUGUUUCUCCAUUCCCUCUCCUUGCUUUUGCUUUGGCCAAGUCGGUCGGGUUAUUGUUCGUCGUGACAUUGCUCUGAAAAUAAAAGAUCUGAAUAGUAGGCUAACUUUGAUUGCUGAGGAAAGACAAAGGUACCAGUUUCAAUCCACAGCAACUAGUGGCAUUGAACAACCUGAACGACCAAAGAGUACAUCUUUGGUCGAUGUAUCUAAUGUAUCUAAGAUAUUUGGUAGGGAAGAUGAAAUGUAUAUUUUGAUAAGCAUGUUGUUGGGUAAGAGUAGUGGUAAAGAAAAGAUGGGUCCCCUAGUCAUCCCUGUUGUAGGGAUGGGGCAUGGGGAAGACAACCCUUUCACAACUAGCCUACAACAAUGAAGAUGUUAGAGCCCAUUUCGAGAAGAGAAAAUGGAUUUCUGUCUCUGAUCAUUUUGACGGGAUAAAGAUUGCCAAAACCAUCAUUAAUGAUAAGAAUGAAACUCCAAUUUCAGAUGAGUUAGAUGUUUUCAUGCAAUUUGUGUCUAAAUCUGUUGAGGGAAAGAGGUUUCUUUUGGUCCUAGAUGACAUGUGGACCGAAGAUGAUACAAAGUGGGAACCAUUAAGGUUGGCUUUAAUGUCUGGUGCCGAAGGCAGUAGAAUAUUAGUGACCACACGGAAUGAAGCAGUUGCUCGAAUGAUGGGAGCAACCACUCAAAUUAUCCAUUUGGAAAAGUUGAGUGAUGAGCAUUGUUUCUCAUUAUUCUAUCACCUUGCAUUUCUUAAUAGGGAAAAAGAGAAAUCUGAUUUGUUUGAAGGUAUUGGUCAGAAAAUUGUUAAGAAGUGUAAGGGUUCACCUCUUGCUGCAAAGACUUUAGGUAGUCUUAUGUGGAAUAAGAAAACAUUAAAAGAGUGGUCUGAUGUUUUGAAUAGUGAGAUAUGGGAUCUAGAAGUGGUUGAGCAGAAAGUUUUUCAGCCGUUAUUACUAAGUUAUCAUGAUUUGGCAUCAGAAAUCAAGCGUUCUCUCUUGUUUUGUGCAUGUUUUCCACAAGAUCAUCGGUUCUAUAAAGACACAUUGAUUGAGUUGUGGAUGUCACAAAAUUAUCUCAAUUCAAAAAGAAACAAGGAGAGGAGAACCAUAGGUCAAAAUUAUUUUGAUGACUUAGUAGCGCGGUCUUUCUUUCAAGACUUUGAAUUAGAUGAUAAAGGGAACAUUGAAACUUGCAUGAUGCAUGAUAUUGUGCAUGAGUUUGUAAAGUUUCUUGCUGGGAAUGAAUCUUUAAUUAUUGAUUUGGCUGAUGGUGCUAACCGAGCAAUAGAGCUCUCAAGUGAUAAGGUAUGCCAUUUAUCUCUAGUGUCAGCAAGGGGUUGGCUUUCAGUUCCUAUUUCAUUUCACAAAUGCACAAAUCUUCGAACCCUCACAACUUUUGCUUCAAAGAAAAGAAACACAACAAUAGAUGGGGAUCUAGUUUUGCAAUUGAAAUGUCUUAGGACGUUAAAAUUGAGUGAUUGGGUCAAAGAAGUUCCCAAGGAGAUUGGUGAACUGUUCCAUUUGAGGUAUAUUGAUUUGUCAGGUUAUCAAUCUCUGAAGGAAUUACCUGACGCCAUUUGUAAUUUGUUCAAUCUAGAAACCUUGCACCUUGAGAACUGUGCACUCGAAAAACUUCCCAAGGCUAUGGGAAAGCUGAUCAACUUGAAGCAUCUUUAUGUUCGAGGUUGUAAAAUAAAAUACUUGCCGAAAGGGAUUGGUAGAAUAAGAGGUCUAUGUAAGCUAGAUGAGUACAAGGUGGUCUGUGGUGAACAUGGUGACAAUGGCAAUGAAAUACUGGAGUUGGGAGAUCUGGGAAUGUUUGACCAGCUUCAGGGGAAGAUUGUAAUUAGAAAGUUGGGGAAAGCGAUUGAUGCUAGGGAGGCUCAGAAAGCACAAUUGGAGAAGAAGAAACACCUCCUUAUUUUGGAAUUAAAUUUUGGGAAGAAGAGGAGCGACGGAGAAGAAGAGGUGGAGCGACUGAGAAAAAGCGAUGUAGAGAUACUGAAUGCCUUGCAACCACAUGAAAAUUUGGAAUAUUUGAGGAUCGUUAGCUAUAGAGGCACCACGGUGUCUCCGAAAUGGUUGAUGUCUUUACACCAUUUGAGAUAUCUUACUCUUGUGUUUUGCAUAGAAUGUGAAUGUUUGCCUCCUCUUGGGAGAUUGCCAUCGCUUGAAGUUCUGAAAAUUUAUGGCACGAAUGUGAAAAAGGUUGGAAUUGAAUUUUUGGGUAUAGAAGAAACUCAAACAUCACCAGUUACUGCUUUCCCAAAAUUGGAAAAGCUCUUCUUUGAAAGGACGCAAGGGUGGAAAGAGUGGGAAGGAGUGCGAGGUUGCAUGGAACAAGUUACAAUAAUGCCACAUCUUUCUCACCUAGAGAUUCAGUCAGCCAGCCUAAAACAACUACCGGACUUCCUGCAGAAUAGACCACACCUCAAUUUGUGCUGGAUACGAUGUGACUGGGCGUUAUUUGAUAUCCGGGGUCACGUACAGGCUAUAAGGGCCGCUUAUCUUUUCAAAGAGUCGAUGACCGGUCUGCCAAUAUAG